CAACUAUUCAGGUGCCAUGCGCUCUGAAGGGAUUUACGUUUGCGUUUGUUUUUAGGGAGCCUCCUCACCAUAUGGACGUUGUGUCAGUCGUUCCUCGCGCAGCCUUUUAGUUUCUAGUCUUCAAUUUUUAGUUUAAUCAUGAAAAAUAAUGGAAAAAAGACAGUUAUCCCUGUAGCCUGCACGGUAUGUCUCUGCCUGCUGCUGCUGCUGGUCGUGGUGCAGCAUCACCGGGUCCAGGUGACGGACGGAGAGGACACCGCCGCGCGCGCUGCGCUCCAACAUGAGGUGGCGCAGGAGGAAAGCGCGCAGCUCGGGAGCGAUCAGGAGAGGAGAGGAUUCUCAGCCUACUUCACCAAGCUGACGCGUGGACGGAGGGAGGUGGAGAAGCCUACACGCUCCCCCACCGCCACCGACGACCCAUCUCCAGCUGAGAACAUCAGUGCGGAUGACAUCUUCAUUGCUGUGAAGACCACCAAGAAGUUCCACCAGUCCAGACUCAACCUGCUCCUGGAAACGUGGAUCUCCAGAAACACACAGCAGACGUACAUCUUUACAGACGGGGAGGAUGAGGAGCUAAAACAGAAAAUUGGGAGUCAUGCAAUCAACACCAACUGCUCUGCAGCUCAUAGUCGACAAGCGUUGUCCUGCAAGAUGGCGGUGGAAUACGAUAAGUUCAUCGAAUCUGGGAAAAAGUGGUUUUGUCACGUAGACGACGAUAACUACGUGAAUGUCCGGACUCUGGUGAAGCAUCUGUCCCAGUUCCCACACACCCAGGACAUGUACAUUGGUAAACCCAGUCUGGACCGGCCUAUAGAGGCCACCGAGAGGCUGGGGGGCAAUAAGAUGAAACCAGUAAACUUCUGGUUUGCAACUGGAGGAGCGGGUUUCUGCGUGAGCCGAGGUCUGGCGCUGAAGAUGAGCCCGUGGGCCAGUGGCGGUCACUUCAUGAACACAGCAGAGAAGAUCCGACUGCCUGACGACUGCACCAUCGGUUACAUCAUCGAGUCGGUCCUGGGGGUCCCUCUGACCCGCAGCAACCUGUUUCACUCCCACCUGGAAAACCUGCAGCAGGUGUCGAGAUCUGAGGUUCACAAACAGAUUACUCUCAGUUAUGGGAUGUUUGAGAACAAAAGCAAUAUCAUCAACUUGAAAGGGGCUUUUUCUGUAGAGGAGGAUCCGUCAAGGUUCAGGUCUGUGCACUGUCUCCUGUACCCAGACACGCCCUGGUGUCCCCCGCUGGUUGCCUUCUAGGGCGACCGCUCCUUUCUCAUCCUCGUCCCCGCCGUGCCUCGGUAUCUGUCAGGCCCGCGGGGACCCGUGUUUGGUGUCGGACUGCGCGGCUGCCGUGUUCUCGCUGCAGCCAUGCGUGGUCUUUAAUGGUUUUACUAGGCUGCUGUGCGGCCCCUCCUUUUGGACGUUCCCUUCCUCUCUGGAGCCAGGACUUUGUCCCGUAAUGCUCAGGCCGAGGGUUCCAGCUCCCGGAAGGAAGUAGCUUUCACUGUUAGGCUUUGCAGGCAAUCAGUUGUGCUUUGUAUUGUAAAUGUUGCUUAAAAUGUUUCAGCAAUUCUCAUAGAAUGUAUUGUCAAAUUUCCGAGCCUUUGGCAAGCUUCUUGUGUUUGCUUUUAAACGAAAGCCGCCCUGGACUAACUCUGGCUUUGAGGCUUUCAUUAAGGAACUUCUCUUUCCCAGGCAUUUGUUUCUAGUUCUGCUAACUCAAAUGACUCCGGAUUAAUGCUGUAAUAUGAAGAUAUUAUUGUAAUUUUGAGUGAACAGUGUUAUAUUUCCCACAGCCUGAGAUGGCAAGUGGCAGAUUUCCAAAUGCUUGGUUUAAGGACCCGAUCUGAGGUAUAUCAGGACAAAGCACUUUCACUUUUUUAAAUAUUUAAUGAGUAACUGACCUAGUUUAUGUCCUCUCACGGCAUACUUCAGAUCUGUGUCCAAAAUCAGCAAAAAGAACCCCCUUAAAAUCUCAUUUUCUCUUCGUUUCUGUGUAUUUAAUAACAUUCCUUGCAUUGGUUACAAUCAGGGAAAAGCAAUGGAGGGAAGAGAUUUUGCUUUGGGGAGUCAAUCAGCUUUGAAAAUCUUUUUUAUUUUAGUUGUUUGAAAAUUGCACAGCUGUGUUUCAAAUGAGCUGAUGUUGGUUUGUCACCUCUAAAGGCACAACGGUGGAGAGUUACCAGCUUUUAUUUAAAGUGUUUCCUUUCAGAGGCUCUGGAUUUGCUUCAUCUGAUCCAGAGUCUGUAUUUUACAGCCACAUGAAUUCAGCUGGUUUCUGUUGUUUCCUGAGAGGUGAGAGCAGCAUCUGUGUUUCCACAUUGAGGUUUUUGUCCCCUCUGUGACUCUUUAGCCCAUAUUGGGUUAAACGCUGCAUCUUUACAGCAGUAUUGUGUACUGCACCUUUAGUUCAAACAUGUAGUGACUGUAAAUGAUUAGUAUGUAAUAAUCUCAUUGUGGUUUUUGCACGUAUUUCAUGAUCUGACCAGGAUGUGCCCUUUACGUUUGAGCUGUGCUGUGUGACGGUGUGUAUUCUCCAGUAUCUGGAGGGUUUGAACAGUUCAUUCCCAAUUCUGACUUCUCAGGGAUUCUGAGCUGAUCCUGGUAAUCACAUGGAGCCCAUGGUGGGAUCUUAAACGUUGAAUAAAAGUGCAUAACCACUAUGAAAACUUA